UAUGUUGUAUGCUUUUCUGUUAGCUGGUUCACCAGUGAGGCUGGUCAACUCUGACAACCGCUGCUCUGGCAGAGUGGAGGUCUACCAUGAAGGACAGUGGGGGACAGUGUGUGAUGAUGCCUGGGACCUGAACAACGCCAAUGUGGUGUGCAGACAGCUGGGCUGUGGCGAGGCUCUUUCAGCUCUACAAAGUGCAGCUUUUGGACAGGGCAGUGGACCCAUCUGGUUGGAUGAUGUCAGCUGUUCAGGAAAUGAACCAUCGAUAACAGACUGCAGACAUCAAGGAUUUGGGGUCCACAACUGCCGUCACAUUGAAGAUGCCAGUGUUGUUUUUGAGGGGCAGGUCCGCCUGGCUGAUGGAAACAGCUCCUGCUCUGGUAGAGUAGAGAUCUUCCACCGAGGACAGUGGGGCACAGUGUGUGACGAUGCCUGGGACCUGACUGAUGCUCAGGUGGUGUGCAGACAGUUGGGCUGUGGCAGGGUCCUGUCAGCACCACAAAGUGCACGCUUUGGACAGGGCAGAGGGCCUAUUUGGUUGGAUGAUGUCAUGUGCACAGGCAGCGAAUCAGAGCUCAGUGAGUGCGGACACCAAGGGAUUGGAUCUCACAACUGUAGACACCAUGAGGAUGCUGGUGUGGUCUGUGAAGCUGGUUCACCAGUGAGGCUGGUCAACUCUGACAACCGCUGCUCUGGCAGAGUGGAGGUCUACCAUGAAGGACAGUGGGGGACAGUGUGUGAUGAUGCCUGGGACCUGAACAACGCCAAUGUGGUGUGCAGACAGCUGGGCUGUGGCGAGGCUCUUUCAGCUCUACAAAGUGCAGCUUUUGGACAGGGCAGUGGACCCAUCUGGUUGGAUGAUGUCAGCUGUUCAGGAAAUGAACCAUCGAUAACAGACUGCAGACAUCAAGGAUUUGGGGUCCACAACUGCCGUCACAUUGAAGAUGCCAGUGUUGUUUGUGAAGGUAAAUUUGAGGGGCAGGUCCGCCUGGCUGAUGGAAACAGCUCCUGCUCUGGUAGAGUAGAGAUCUUCCACCGAGGACAGUGGGGCACAGUGUGUGACGAUGCCUGGGACCUGACUGAUGCUCAGGUGGUGUGCAGACAGUUGGGCUGUGGCAGGGUCCUGUCAGCACCACAAAGUGCACGCUUUGGACAGGGCAGAGGGCCUAUUUGGUUGGAUGAUGUCAUGUGCACAGGCAGCGAAUCAGAGCUCAGUGAGUGCGGACACCAAGGGAUUGGAUCUCACAACUGUAGACACCAUGAGGAUGCUGGUGUGGUCUGUGAAGCUGGUUCACCAGUGAGGCUGGUCAACUCUGACAACCGCUGCUCUGGCAGAGUGGAGGUCUACCAUGAAGGACAGUGGGGGACAGUGUGUGACGAUGCCUGGGACCUGAACGACGCCAAUGUGGUGUGCAGACAGCUGGGCUGUGGCGAGGCUCUUUCAGCUCUACAAAGUGCAGCUUUUGGACAGGGCAGUGGACCCAUCUGGUUGGAUGAUGUCAGCUGUUCAGGAAAUGAACCAUCGAUAACAGACUGCAGACAUCAAGGAUUUGGGGUCCACAACUGCCGUCACACUGAAGAUGCCAGUGUUGUUUGUGAAGUUCAACCAGAACUCAACAGCACAGAUUUACCAACCACACCUGAUCCAAGACCACAAAGCUCCACCAUCGCUCAGGUGACAUCUGACAUCACAGACAUAACAACAGCAGGUAACAGUCCAGCAGUUGAGGGGCAGGUCCGCCUGGCUGAUGGAAACAGCUCCUGCUCUGGUAGAGUAGAGAUCUUCCACCGAGGACAGUGGGGCACAGUGUGUGACGAUGCCUGGGACCUGACUGAUGCUCAAGUGGUGUGCAGACAGUUGGGCUGUGGCAGGGUCCUGUCAGCACCACAAAAUGCACGCUUUGGACAGGGCGAAGGGCCUAUUUGGUUGGAUGAUGUCAUGUGCACAGGCAGCGAAUCAGAGCUCAGUGAGUGCGGACACCAAGGGAUUGGAUCUCACAACUGUAGACACCAUGAGGAUGCUGGUGUGGUCUGUGAAGCUGGUUCACCAGUGAGGCUGGUAAACUCUGACAACUACUGCUCUGGCAGAGUGGAGGUCUACCAUGAAGGACAGUGGGGUACAGUGUGUGACGAUGCCUGGGACCUGAAUGACGCCAAUGUGGUGUGCAGACAGCUGGGCUGUGGCGAGGCUCUUUCAGCUCUACAAAGUGCAACUUUUGGACAGGGCAGUGGACCCAUCUGGUUGGAUGAUGUCAGCUGUUCAGGAAAUGAACCAUCGAUAACAGACUGCAGACAUCAAGGAUUUGGGGUCCACAACUGCCGUCACACUGAAGAUGCCAGUGUUGUUUGUAACAGCACAGCAGUUGAGGGGCAGGUCCGCCUGGCUGAUGGAAACAGCUCCUGCUCUGGUAGAGUAGAGAUCUUCCACCGAGGACAGUGGGGCACAGUGUGUGACGAUGCCUGGGACCUGACUGAUGCUCAGGUGGUGUGCAGACAGUUGGGCUGUGGCAGGGUCCUGUCAGCACCACAAAGUGCACGCUUUGGACAGGGCAGAGGGCCUAUUUGGUUGGAUGAUGUCAUGUGCACAGGCAGCGAAUCAGAGCUCAGUGAGUGCGGACACCAAGGGAUUGGAUCUCACAACUGUAGACACCAUGAGGAUGCUGGUGUGGUCUGUGAAGCUGGUUCACCAGUGAGGCUGGUCAACUCUGACAACCGCUGCUCUGGCAGAGUGGAGGUCUACCAUGAAGGACAGUGGGGGACAGUGUGUGACGAUGCCUGGGACCUGAACGACGCCAAUGUGGUGUGCAGACAGCUGGGCUGUGGCGAGGCUCUUUCAGCUCUACAAAGUGCAGCUUUUGGACAGGGCAGUGGACCCAUCUGGUUGGAUGAUGUCAGCUGUUCAGGAAAUGAACCAUCGAUAACAGACUGCAGACAUCAAGGAUUUGGGGUCCACAACUGCCGUCACACUGAAGAUGCCAGUGUUGUUUGUGAAGUUCAACCAGAACUCAACAGCACAGAUUUACCAACCACACCUGAUCCAAGACCACAAAGCUCCACCAUCGCUCAGGUGACAUCUGACAUCACAGACAUAACAACAGCAGGUAACAGUCCAGCAGUUGAGGGGCAGGUCCGCCUGGCUGAUGGAAACAGCUCCUGCUCUGGUAGAGUAGAGAUCUUCCACCGAGGACAGUGGGGCACAGUGUGUGACGAUGCCUGGGACCUGACUGAUGCUCAAGUGGUGUGCAGACAGUUGGGCUGUGGCAGGGUCCUGUCAGCACCACAAAAUGCACGCUUUGGACAGGGCGAAGGGCCUAUUUGGUUGGAUGAUGUCAUGUGCACAGGCAGCGAAUCAGAGCUCAGUGAGUGCGGACACCAAGGGAUUGGAUCUCACAACUGUAGACACCAUGAGGAUGCUGGUGUGGUCUGUGAAGCUGGUUCACCAGUGAGGCUGGUAAACUCUGACAACUACUGCUCUGGCAGAGUGGAGGUCUACCAUGAAGGACAGUGGGGGACAGUGUGUGACGAUGCCUGGGACCUGAAUGACGCCAAUGUGGUGUGCAGACAGCUGGGCUGUGGCGAGGCUCUUUCAGCUCUACAAAGUGCAACUUUUGGACAGGGCAGUGGACCCAUCUGGUUGGAUGAUGUCAGCUGUUCAGGAAAUGAACCAUCGAUAACAGACUGCAGACAUCAAGGAUUUGGGGUCCACAACUGCGGUCAUGGUGAACAUGCUGGUGUUGUCUGUGAAGGUAAACACAAAUUUGAGCAUCUAAAGCUGGUCAACUCUGACAACCGCUGCUCUGGCAGAGUGGAGGUCUUACAUAAUGGACAGUGGGGGACAGUUUGUGAUGAUUUCUGGGACCUGAAUGACGCCAACGUGGUGUGCAGACAGCUGGGCUGUGGCAGGGCUCGUUCAGCACUACAUGGUGCAGCUUUUGGACAGGGCAGAGGAGCCAUCUGGUUGGAUGAUGUUAGCUGUUCAGGAAAUGAACCAUGGAUAACAGACUGCAGACAUCGAGGAUUUGGGGUCCACUACUGCAGUCACAGUGAAGAUGCUGCUGUGGUCUGUGAACCCAAUUGGACACUUGUCUCCAGUUGUGAUUUGUGUCAUGAUGAAGCCACCUGCCAGGAGUCACGAGGAAGAGGCGACACCUUUGCCAGUCAGGCGCUCUCUUGUGUCUGUAAAGAUGGUUAUGUAGGCGAUGGUCUCACCUGUUACAGCACAAAACUCUGCAGUGACUCUUCUUGCUGUAGCCAAGGUUAUCACUGGUCGCCAGACAGUGGCUGUGUGGACACUGACGAGUGCUCCCUCCCAGACUCGCCCUGUGCUCCACCUCAGGUUUGCCAAAACACACCAGGCUCCUUUGAAUGCAUGGAGCCUUCCUCCAGCACCAGAUCAGGCCCCUCUUCCCAGUCUGUCCAGUUCAACUGUGGAGAUAAUGUUUGUCCUAUAGGCAUGGACUGCAUUGGAAAUAAUGGGCAUGGUUGUGCCGACCCCUGUGACCAUUACACUGUACUGGAUGAUGAGUGGCGUUCAACUAAUAAUACAAUGAAUCAGAUCCUACACUGUGACCAAGAUGUUAACUGGCAAGGCUGGUAUCGCCUGUUCCUGGGGCAAACCAAUGCUCAUAUUCCAGAGAGGAAUAUUCCAAAGAUGUGGAACCCAUGCUCCUCUGUGGAUAACAGAACCUCAUCCCACACAGUCAAAGGAAAUUGUAAAUCGCAGUGUGUGUGCUGCCUGGAGAGGCAGCUGCUGCACUUUUGGCUCAUACAGGUUAACAGAACAGAACCUGCAGUUGCUUCAACCACACCUGAUCCAAGACCACAAAGCUCCACCAUUGCUCAGGUGACAUCUGACAUCACGGACGUAACAACAGCAGGUAACAGUCCAGCAGUUGAGGGGCAGGUCCGCCUGGCUGAUGGAAACAGUUCUUGCUCUGGUAGAGUAGAGAUCUUCCACCGAGGACAGUGGGGCACAGUGUGUGACGAUGCCUGGGACCUGACUGAUGCUCAAGUGGUGUGCAGACAGUUGGGCUGUGGCAGGGUCCUGUCAGCACCACAAAGUGCACGCUUUGGACAGGGCGAAGGGCCUAUUUGGUUGGAUGAUGUCAUGUGCACAGGCAACGAAUCAGAGCUCAGCGAGUGCAGACACCAAGGGAUUGGAUCUCACAACUGUGGUCACCAUGAGGAUGCUGGUGUGGUCUGUGAAGUUAGUGAAACCUAUCCAAUGCAGAGCCCUACAUGGCCAGGCUCCACAGCAGGUUUGAAGAGCUUGCUACUUUUGAGGCUGGUCAACUCUGACGACCGCUGCUCUGGCAGAGUGGAGGUCUACCAUGAAGGACAGUGGGGCACCGUGUGUGACGAUGCCUGGGACCUGAAUGACGCCAACGUGGUGUGCAGACAGCUGGGCUGUGGCAGGGCUCGAUCAGCACCACAAAGUGCACGCUUUGGACAGGGCGAAGGGCCUAUUUGGUUGGAUAAUGUCAUGUGCACAGGCAGCGAAUCAGACCUCAGUGAGUGCAGACACCAAGGGAUUGGAUCUCACAACUGUGGUCACCGUGAGGAUGCUGGUGUGGUCUGUGAAGCUGGUUCAACAGUGAGGCUGGUCAACUCUGACGACCGCUGCUCUGGCAGAGUGGAGGUCUACCAUGAAGGACAGUGGGGCACCGUGUGUGACGAUGCCUGGGACCUGAACGACGCCAACGUGGUGUGCAGACAGCUGGGCUGUGGCAGGGCUCGUUCAGCACCACAAAGCGCACGCUUUGGACAGGGCGAAGGGCCUAUCUGGUUGGAUAAUGUCAUGUGCACAGGCAAUGAAUCAGAGCUCAGUGAGUGCGGACACCAAGGGAUUGGAUCUCACAACUGCAGACACCAUGAGGAUGCUGGUGUGGUCUGUGAAGCUGGUUCAACAGUGAGGCUGGUCAACUCUGACGACCGCUGCUCUGGCAGAGUGGAGGUCUACCAUGAAGGACAGUGGGGCACCGUGUGUGACGAUGCCUGGGACCUGAACGACGCCAACGUGGUGUGCAGACAGCUGGGCUGUGGCAGGGCUCGUUCAGCACCACAAAGCGCACUCUUUGGACAGGGCGAAGGGCCUAUUUGGUUGGAUAAUGUCAUGUGCACGGGCAAUGAAUCAGAGCUCAGUGAGUGCGGACACCAAGGGAUUGGAUCUCACAACUGCAGACACCAUGAGGAUGCUGGUGUGGUCUGUGAAGCUGGUUCAACAGUGAGGCUGGUCAACUCUGACGACCGCUGCUCUGGCAGAGUGGAGGUCUACCAUGAAGGACAGUGGGGCACCGUGUGUGACGAUGCCUGGGACCUGAACGACGCCAACGUGGUGUGCAGACAGCUGGGCUGUGGCAGGGCUCGUUCAGCACCACAAAGCGCACGCUUUGGACAGGGCGAAGGGCCUAUUUGGUUGGAUAAUGUCAUGUGCACGGGCAAUGAAUCAGAGCUCAGUGAGUGCGGACACCAAGGGAUUGGAUCUCACAACUGCAGACACCAUGAGGAUGCUGGUGUGGUCUGUGAAGGUAAAAACAAACAAGGAGCUAAAGCCCAUGAAACCUCACUGUAUAACAGCCUGUCUAUGUUAAUAUUGAGGCUGGUCAACUCUGACGACCGCUGCUCUGGCAGAGUGGAGGUCUACCAUGAAGGACAGUGGGGCACCGUGUGUGACGAUGCCUGGGACCUGAACGACGCCAACGUGGUGUGCAGACAGCUGGGCUGUGGCAGGGCUCGUUCAGCACCACAAAGCGCACGCUUUGGACAGGGCGAAGGGCCUAUUUGGUUGGAUAAUGUCAUGUGCACGGGCAAUGAAUCAGAGCUCAGUGAGUGCGGACACCAAGGGAUUGGAUCUCACAACUGCAGACACCAUGAGGAUGCUGGUGUGGUCUGUGAAGCUGGUUCAACAGUGAGGCUGGUCAACUCUGACGACCGCUGCUCUGGCAGAGUGGAGGUCUACCAUGAAGGACAGUGGGGCACCGUGUGUGACGAUGUCUGGGACCUGAACGACGCCAACGUGGUGUGCAGACAGCUGGGCUGUGGCAGGGCUCGUUCAGCACCACAAAGCGCACGCUUUGGACAGGGCGAAGGGCCUAUUUGGUUGGAUAAUGUCAUGUGCACGGGCAAUGAAUCAGAGCUCAGUGAGUGCGGACACCAAGGGAUUGGAUCUCACAACUGUGGUCACCAUGAGGAUGCUGGUGUGGUCUGUGAAGCUGGUUCAACAGUGAGGCUGGUCAACUCUGACGACCGCUGCUCUGGCAGAGUGGAGGUCUACCAUGAAGGACAGUGGGGCACCGUGUGUGACGAUGUCUGGGACCUGAACGACGCCAACGUGGUGUGCAGACAGCUGGGCUGUGGCAGGGCUCGUUCAGCACCACAAAGCGCACGCUUUGGACAGGGCGAAGGGCCUAUUUGGUUGGAUAAUGUCAUGUGCACGGGCAAUGAAUCAGAGCUCAGUGAGUGCGGACACCAAGGGAUUGGAUCUCACAACUGUGGUCACCAUGAGGAUGCUGGUGUGGUCUGUGAAGCUGGUUCAACAGUGAGGCUGGUCAACUCUGACGACCGCUGCUCUGGCAGAGUGGAGGUCUACCAUGAAGGACAGUGGGGCACCGUGUGUGACGAUGCCUGGGACCUGAACGACGCCAACGUGGUGUGCAGACAGCUGGGCUGUGGCAGGGCUCGUUCAGCACCACAAAGUGCACGCUUUGGACAGGGCGAAGGGUCUAUUUGGUUGGAUAAUGUCAUGUGCACGGGCAAUGAAUCAGAGCUCAGUGAGUGCGGACACCAAGGGAUUGGAUCUCACAACUGUGGUCACAGUGAGGAUGCUGGUGUGGUCUGUGAAGCUGGUUCAACAGUGAGGCUGGUCAACUCUGACAACCGCUGCUCUGGCAGAGUGGAGGUCUACCAUGAAGGACAGUGGGGCACCGUGUGUGACGAUGCCUGGGACCUGAACGACGCCAACGUGGUGUGCAGACAGCUGGGCUGUGGCAGGGCUCGUUCAGCACCACAAAGCGCACGCUUUGGACAGGGCGAAGGGCCUAUUUGGUUGGAUGAUGUUAUGUGCACAGGCAGCGAAUCAGAGCUCAGUGAGUGCGGACACCAAGGGAUUGGAUCUCACAACUGUGGUCACCAUGAGGAUGCUGGUGUGGUCUGUGAAGCUGGUUCAACAGUGAGGCUGGUCAACUCUGACAACCGCUGCUCUGGCAGAGUGGAGGUCUACCAUGAAGGACAGUGGGGCACCGUGUGUGACGAUGCCUGGGACCUGAACGACGCCAACGUGGUGUGCAGACAGCUGGGCUGUGGCAGGGCUCGUUCAGCACCACAAAGCGCACGCUUUGGACAGGGCGAAGGGCCUAUCUGGUUGGAUAAUGUUAUGUGCACAGGCAGCGAAUCAGAGCUCAGUGAGUGCGGACACCAAGGGAUUGGAUCUCACAACUGUGGUCACAGUGAGGAUGCUGGUGUGGUCUGUGAAGCUGGUUCAACAGUGAGGCUGGUCAACUCUGACGACCGCUGCUCUGGCAGAGUGGAGGUCUACCAUGAAGGACAGUGGGGCACCGUGUGUGACGAUGCCUGGGACCUGAACGACGCCAACGUGGUGUGCAGACAGCUGGGCUGUGGCAGGGCUCGUUCAGCACCACAAAGCGCACGCUUUGGACAGGGCGAAGGGCCUAUCUGGUUGGAUAAUGUUAUGUGCACAGGCAGCGAAUCAGAGCUCAGUGAGUGCGGACACCAAGGGAUUGGAUCUCACAACUGUGGUCACAGUGAGGAUGCUGGUGUGGUCUGUGAAGCUGGUUCAACAGUGAGGCUGGUCAACUCUGACGACCGCUGCUCUGGCAGAGUGGAGGUCUACCAUGAAGGACAGUGGGGCACCGUGUGUGACGAUGCCUGGGACCUGAACGACGCCAACGUGGUGUGCAGACAGCUGGGCUGUGGCAGGGCUCGUUCAGCACCACAAAGCGCACGCUUUGGACAGGGCGAAGGGCCUAUUUGGUUGGAUAAUGUCAUGUGCACGGGCAAUGAAUCAGAGCUCAGUGAGUGCGGACACCAAGGGAUUGGAUCUCACAACUGCAGACACCAUGAGGAUGCUGGUGUGGUCUGUGAAGCUGGUUCAACAGUGAGGCUGGUCAACUCUGACGACCGCUGCUCUGGCAGAGUGGAGGUCUACCAUGAAGGACAGUGGGGCACCGUGUGUGACGAUGCCUGGGACCUGAACGACGCCAACGUGGUGUGCAGACAGCUGGGCUGUGGCAGGGCUCGUUCAGCACCACAAAGCGCACGCUUUGGACAGGGCGAAGGGCCUAUUUGGUUGGAUAAUGUCAUGUGCACGGGCAAUGAAUCAGAGCUCAGUGAGUGCGGACACCAAGGGAUUGGAUCUCACAACUGCAGACACCAUGAGGAUGCUGGUGUGGUCUGUGAAGCUGGUUCAACAGUGAGGCUGGUCAACUCUGACGACCGCUGCUCUGGCAGAGUGGAGGUCUACCAUGAAGGACAGUGGGGCACCGUGUGUGACGAUGUCUGGGACCUGAACGACGCCAACGUGGUGUGCAGACAGCUGGGCUGUGGCAGGGCUCGUUCAGCACCACAAAGCGCACGCUUUGGACAGGGCGAAGGGCCUAUUUGGUUGGAUAAUGUCAUGUGCACGGGCAAUGAAUCAGAGCUCAGUGAGUGCGGACACCAAGGGAUUGGAUCUCACAACUGUGGUCACCAUGAGGAUGCUGGUGUGGUCUGUGAAGCUGGUUCAACAGUGAGGCUGGUCAACUCUGACGACCGCUGCUCUGGCAGAGUGGAGGUCUACCAUGAAGGACAGUGGGGCACCGUGUGUGACGAUGUCUGGGACCUGAACGACGCCAACGUGGUGUGCAGACAGCUGGGCUGUGGCAGGGCUCGUUCAGCACCACAAAGCGCACGCUUUGGACAGGGCGAAGGGCCUAUUUGGUUGGAUAAUGUCAUGUGCACGGGCAAUGAAUCAGAGCUCAGUGAGUGCGGACACCAAGGGAUUGGAUCUCACAACUGUGGUCACCAUGAGGAUGCUGGUGUGGUCUGUGAAGCUGGUUCAACAGUGAGGCUGGUCAACUCUGACGACCGCUGCUCUGGCAGAGUGGAGGUCUACCAUGAAGGACAGUGGGGCACCGUGUGUGACGAUGCCUGGGACCUGAACGACGCCAACGUGGUGUGCAGACAGCUGGGCUGUGGCAGGGCUCGUUCAGCACCACAAAGUGCACGCUUUGGACAGGGCGAAGGGCCUAUUUGGUUGGAUAAUGUCAUGUGCACGGGCAAUGAAUCAGAGCUCAGUGAGUGCGGACACCAAGGGAUUGGAUCUCACAACUGUGGUCACAGUGAGGAUGCUGGUGUGGUCUGUGAAGCUGGUUCAACAGUGAGGCUGGUCAACUCUGACAACCGCUGCUCUGGCAGAGUGGAGGUCUACCAUGAAGGACAGUGGGGCACCGUGUGUGACGAUGCCUGGGACCUGAACGACGCCAACGUGGUGUGCAGACAGCUGGGCUGUGGCAGGGCUCGUUCAGCACCACAAAGCGCACGCUUUGGACAGGGCGAAGGGCCUAUUUGGUUGGAUGAUGUUAUGUGCACAGGCAGCGAAUCAGAGCUCAGUGAGUGCGGACACCAAGGGAUUGGAUCUCACAACUGUGGUCACAGUGAGGAUGCUGGUGUGGUCUGUGAAGCUGGUUCAACAGUGAGGCUGGUCAACUCUGACGACCGCUGCUCUGGCAGAGUGGAGGUCUACCAUGAAGGACAGUGGGGCACCGUGUGUGACGAUGCCUGGGACCUGAACGACGCCAACGUGGUGUGCAGACAGCUGGGCUGUGGCAGGGCUCGUUCAGCACCACAAAGCGCACGCUUUGGACAGGGCGAAGGGCCUAUUUGGUUGGAUAAUGUCAUGUGCACGGGCAAUGAAUCAGAGCUCAGUGAGUGCGGACACCAAGGGAUUGGAUCUCACAACUGUGGUCACCAUGAGGAUGCUGGUGUGGUCUGUGAAGCUGGUUCAACAGUGAGGCUGGUCAACUCUGACGACCGCUGCUCUGGCAGAGUGGAGGUCUACCAUGAAGGACAGUGGGGCACCGUGUGUGACGAUGCCUGGGACCUGAACGACGCCAACGUGGUGUGCAGACAGCUGGGCUGUGGCAGGGCUCGUUCAGCACCACAAAGUGCACGCUUUGGACAGGGCGAAGGGCCUAUUUGGUUGGAUAAUGUCAUGUGCACGGGCAAUGAAUCAGAGCUCAGUGAGUGCGGACACCAAGGGAUUGGAUCUCACAACUGUGGUCACAGUGAGGAUGCUGGUGUGGUCUGUGAAGCUGGUUCAACAGUGAGGCUGGUCAACUCUGACAACCGCUGCUCUGGCAGAGUGGAGGUCUACCAUGAAGGACAGUGGGGCACCGUGUGUGACGAUGCCUGGGACCUGAACGACGCCAACGUGGUGUGCAGACAGCUGGGCUGUGGCAGGGCUCGUUCAGCACCACAAAGCGCACGCUUUGGACAGGGCGAAGGGCCUAUUUGGUUGGAUGAUGUUAUGUGCACAGGCAGCGAAUCAGAGCUCAGUGAGUGCGGACACCAAGGGAUUGGAUCUCACAACUGUGGUCACAGUGAGGAUGCUGGUGUGGUCUGUGAAGCUGGUUCAACAGUGAGGCUGGUCAACUCUGACGACCGCUGCUCUGGCAGAGUGGAGGUCUACCAUGAAGGACAGUGGGGCACCGUGUGUGACGAUGCCUGGGACCUGAACGACGCCAACGUGGUGUGCAGACAGCUGGGCUGUGGCAGGGCUCGUUCAGCACCACAAAGCGCACGCUUUGGACAGGGCGAAGGGCCUAUCUGGUUGGAUAAUGUUAUGUGCACAGGCAGCGAAUCAGAGCUCAGUGAGUGCGGACACCAAGGGAUUGGAUCUCACAACUGUGGUCACCAUGAGGAUGCUGGUGUGGUCUGUGAAGCUGGUUCAACAGUGAGGCUGGUCAACUCUGACAACCGCUGCUCUGGCAGAGUGGAGGUCUACCAUGAAGGACAGUGGGGCACCGUGUGUGACGAUGCCUGGGACCUGAACGACGCCAACGUGGUGUGCAGACAGCUGGGCUGUGGCAGGGCUCGUUCAGCACCACAAAGCGCACGCUUUGGACAGGGCGAAGGGCCUAUCUGGUUGGAUAAUGUUAUGUGCACAGGCAGCGAAUCAGAGCUCAGUGAGUGCGGACACCAAGGGAUUGGAUCUCACAACUGUGGUCACAGUGAGGAUGCUGGUGUGGUCUGUGAAGGUAAACACAAACAAGGAGCUAAAGCCCAUGAAAUCUCGCUGUCUGGUUCAACAGUGAGGCUGGUCAACUCUGACGACCGCUGCUCUGGCAGAGUGGAGGUCUACCAUGAAGGACAGUGGGGCACCGUGUGUGACGAUGCCUGGGACCUGAACGACGCCAACGUGGUGUGCAGACAGCUGGGCUGUGGCAGGGCUCGUUCAGCACCACAAAGUGCACGCUUUGGACAGGGCGAAGGGCCUAUUUGGUUGGAUAAUGUCAUGUGCACGGGCAAUGAAUCAGAGCUCAGUGAGUGCGGACACCAAGGGAUUGGAUCUCACAACUGUGGUCACCAUGAGGAUGCUGGUGUGGUCUGUGAAGCUGGUUCAACAGUGAGGCUGGUCAACUCUGACAACCGCUGCUCUGGCAGAGUGGAGGUCUACCAUGAAGGACAGUGGGGCACCGUGUGUGACGAUGCCUGGGACCUGAACGACGCCAACGUGGUGUGCAGACAGCUGGGCUGUGGCAGGGCUCGUUCAGCACCACAAAGCGCACGCUUUGGACAGGGCGAAGGGCCUAUUUGGUUGGAUGAUGUUAUGUGCACAGGCAGCGAAUCAGAGCUCAGUGAGUGCGGACACCAAGGGAUUGGAUCUCACAACUGUGGUCACAGUGAGGAUGCUGGUGUGGUCUGUGAAGCUGGUUCAACAGUGAGGCUGGUCAACUCUGACGACCGCUGCUCUGGCAGAGUGGAGGUCUACCAUGAAGGACAGUGGGGCACCGUGUGUGACGAUGCCUGGGACCUGAACGACGCCAACGUGGUGUGCAGACAGCUGGGCUGUGGCAGGGCUCGUUCAGCACCACAAAGCGCACGCUUUGGACAGGGCGAAGGGCCUAUCUGGUUGGAUAAUGUUAUGUGCACAGGCAGCGAAUCAGAGCUCAGUGAGUGCGGACACCAAGGGAUUGGAUCUCACAACUGUGGUCACAGUGAGGAUGCUGGUGUGGUCUGUGAAGCUGGUUCAACAGUGAGGCUGGUCAACUCUGACGACCGCUGCUCUGGCAGAGUGGAGGUCUACCAUGAAGGACAGUGGGGCACCGUGUGUGACGAUGCCUGGGACCUGAACGACGCCAACGUGGUGUGCAGACAGCUGGGCUGUGGCAGGGCUCGUUCAGCACCACAAAGCGCACGCUUUGGACAGGGCGAAGGGCCUAUUUGGUUGGAUAAUGUCAUGUGCACGGGCAAUGAAUCAGAGCUCAGUGAGUGCGGACACCAAGGGAUUGGAUCUCACAACUGCAGACACCAUGAGGAUGCUGGUGUGGUCUGUGAAGCUGGUUCAACAGUGAGGCUGGUCAACUCUGACGACCGCUGCUCUGGCAGAGUGGAGGUCUACCAUGAAGGACAGUGGGGCACCGUGUGUGACGAUGCCUGGGACCUGAACGACGCCAACGUGGUGUGCAGACAGCUGGGCUGUGGCAGGGCUCGUUCAGCACCACAAAGCGCACGCUUUGGACAGGGCGAAGGGCCUAUUUGGUUGGAUAAUGUCAUGUGCACGGGCAAUGAAUCAGAGCUCAGUGAGUGCGGACACCAAGGGAUUGGAUCUCACAACUGCAGACACCAUGAGGAUGCUGGUGUGGUCUGUGAAGCUGGUUCAACAGUGAGGCUGGUCAACUCUGACGACCGCUGCUCUGGCAGAGUGGAGGUCUACCAUGAAGGACAGUGGGGCACCGUGUGUGACGAUGCCUGGGACCUGAACGACGCCAACGUGGUGUGCAGACAGCUGGGCUGUGGCAGGGCUCGUUCAGCACCACAAAGCGCACGCUUUGGACAGGGCGAAGGGCCUAUUUGGUUGGAUAAUGUCAUGUGCACGGGCAAUGAAUCAGAGCUCAGUGAGUGCGGACACCAAGGGAUUGGAUCUCACAACUGCAGACACCAUGAGGAUGCUGGUGUGGUCUGUGAAGCUGGUUCAACAGUGAGGCUGGUCAACUCUGACGACCGCUGCUCUGGCAGAGUGGAGGUCUACCAUGAAGGACAGUGGGGCACCGUGUGUGACGAUGCCUGGGACCUGAACGACGCCAACGUGGUGUGCAGACAGCUGGGCUGUGGCAGGGCUCGUUCAGCACCACAAAGCGCACGCUUUGGACAGGGCGAAGGGCCUAUUUGGUUGGAUAAUGUCAUGUGCACAGGCAAUGAAUCAGAGCUCAGUGAGUGCGGACACCAAGGGAUUGGAUCUCACAACUGCAGACACCAUGAGGAUGCUGGUGUGGUCUGUGAAGCUGGUUCAACAGUGAGGCUGGUCAACUCUGACGACCGCUGCUCUGGCAGAGUGGAGGUCUACCAUGAAGGACAGUGGGGCACCGUGUGUGACGAUGCCUGGGACCUGAACGACGCCAACGUGGUGUGCAGACAGCUGGGCUGUGGCAGGGCUCGUUCAGCACCACAAAGCGCACGCUUUGGACAGGGCGAAGGGCCUAUUUGGUUGGAUAAUGUCAUGUGCACGGGCAAUGAAUCAGAGCUCAGUGAGUGCGGACACCAAGGGAUUGGAUCUCACAACUGCAGACACCAUGAGGAUGCUGGUGUGGUCUGUGAAGCUGGUUCAACAGUGAGGCUGGUCAACUCUGACGACCGCUGCUCUGGCAGAGUGGAGGUCUACCAUGAAGGACAGUGGGGCACCGUGUGUGACGAUGCCUGGGACCUGAACGACGCCAACGUGGUGUGCAGACAGCUGGGCUGUGGCAGGGCUCGUUCAGCACCACAAAGCGCACGCUUUGGACAGGGCGAAGGGCCUAUUUGGUUGGAUAAUGUCAUGUGCACGGGCAAUGAAUCAGAGCUCAGUGAGUGCGGACACCAAGGGAUUGGAUCUCACAACUGCAGACACCAUGAGGAUGCUGGUGUGGUCUGUGAAGCUGGUUCAACAGUGAGGCUGGUCAACUCUGACGACCGCUGCUCUGGCAGAGUGGAGGUCUACCAUGAAGGACAGUGGGGCACCGUGUGUGACGAUGCCUGGGACCUGAACGACGCCAACGUGGUGUGCAGACAGCUGGGCUGUGGCAGGGCUCGUUCAGCACCACAAAGCGCACGCUUUGGACAGGGCGAAGGGCCUAUUUGGUUGGAUAAUGUCAUGUGCACAGGCAAUGAAUCAGAGCUCAGUGAGUGCGGACACCAAGGGAUUGGAUCUCACAACUGCAGACACCAUGAGGAUGCUGGUGUGGUCUGUGAAGCUGGUUCAACAGUGAGGCUGGUCAACUCUGACGACCGCUGCUCUGGCAGAGUGGAGGUCUACCAUGAAGGACAGUGGGGCACCGUGUGUGACGAUGCCUGGGACCUGAACGACGCCAACGUGGUGUGCAGACAGCUGGGCUGUGGCAGGGCUCGUUCAGCACCACAAAGCGCACGCUUUGGACAGGGCGAAGGGCCUAUUUGGUUGGAUAAUGUCAUGUGCACGGGCAAUGAAUCAGAGCUCAGUGAGUGCGGACACCAAGGGAUUGGAUCUCACAACUGCAGACACCAUGAGGAUGCUGGUGUGGUCUGUGAAGCUGGUUCAACAGUGAGGCUGGUCAACUCUGACGACCGCUGCUCUGGCAGAGUGGAGGUCUACCAUGAAGGACAGUGGGGCACCGUGUGUGACGAUGCCUGGGACCUGAACGACGCCAACGUGGUGUGCAGACAGCUGGGCUGUGGCAGGGCUCGUUCAGCACCACAAAGCGCACGCUUUGGACAGGGCGAAGGGCCUAUUUGGUUGGAUAAUGUCAUGUGCACGGGCAAUGAAUCAGAGCUCAGUGAGUGCGGACACCAAGGGAUUGGAUCUCACAACUGCAGACACCAUGAGGAUGCUGGUGUGGUCUGUGAAGCUGGUUCAACAGUGAGGCUGGUCAACUCUGACGACCGCUGCUCUGGCAGAGUGGAGGUCUACCAUGAAGGACAGUGGGGCACCGUGUGUGACGAUGCCUGGGACCUGAACGACGCCAACGUGGUGUGCAGACAGCUGGGCUGUGGCAGGGCUCGUUCAGCACCACAAAGCGCACGCUUUGGACAGGGCGAAGGGCCUAUUUGGUUGGAUAAUGUCAUGUGCACGGGCAAUGAAUCAGAGCUCAGUGAGUGCGGACACCAAGGGAUUGGAUCUCACAACUGCAGACACCAUGAGGAUGCUGGUGUGGUCUGUGAAGCUGGUUCAACAGUGAGGCUGGUCAACUCUGAUGACCGCUGCUCUGGCAGAGUGGAGGUCUACCAUGAAGGACAGUGGGGCACCGUGUGUGACGAUGCCUGGGACCUGAACGACGCCAACGUGGUGUGCAGACAGCUGGGCUGUGGCAGGGCUCGUUCAGCACCACAAAGCGCACGCUUUGGACAGGGCGAAGGGCCUAUUUGGUUGGAUAAUGUCAUGUGCACAGGCAAUGAAUCAGAGCUCAGUGAGUGCGGACACCAAGGGAUUGGAUCUCACAACUGCAGACACCAUGAGGAUGCUGGUGUGGUCUGUGAAGCUGGUUCAACAGUGAGGCUGGUCAACUCUGACGACCGCUGCUCUGGCAGAGUGGAGGUCUACCAUGAAGGACAGUGGGGCACCGUGUGUGACGAUGCCUGGGACCUGAACGACGCCAACGUGGUGUGCAGACAGCUGGGCUGUGGCAGGGCUCGUUCAGCACCACAAAGCGCACGCUUUGGACAGGGCGAAGGGCCUAUUUGGUUGGAUAAUGUCAUGUGCACGGGCAAUGAAUCAGAGCUCAGUGAGUGCGGACACCAAGGGAUUGGAUCUCACAACUGCAGACACCAUGAGGAUGCUGGUGUGGUCUGUGAAGUCCAGCGUCCUCCACUCCAGCCUUCUCAAUUAAUUUGUGGCCGUGAUAAACUCCAAGUAGGCCUGGAAUUGGCUAGCAUGACAUCCUCUGGUUUGAACCCAUUCUCUGGCAACCUGGCAGCCCACAACUGCUCCUGGGUCAGAGUGCAUAAUGAUGUAGUUUGGUACGAAAUGGAGGCCCAGGCAGGAGCCUGUGGAAACAUACUGACGACCAACCACACACAUGCCAUCUACUCCAACAGUUUAUUCAUCUAUCCAAUGACCAACACAUCCUCCAUCUUUCCUGUGAGUCUUCCCUUCUCCUGCGCCUAUCCCCUGGACACAGACACCAGCCUGAAUGUGGCUAUCAGACCGUUCCUGGCAUUGGCAGGUGGCAUUUCAGGCUCGGGUACCAAAGCCAGAGCCUCCAUGUCUCUGUUCCGCAACUCCAACUUCACAGAGACUUAUCCAGCAGGUCGGGUUGUCUUGCCAGUGGGCUCACCAUUGUACGUGGGGGUCUCUGUGGACGAGAGAGAUCCAAGCUUUGCAGCUGUUCUGGAGGACUGCUACGCCACUCAUUCAUCAAACCCUGAUGAUUCUGUGCGAUACUCUCUCAUCCAGAACAAGUGUCCCACUGACCGCAGACAGGUGUCAGUGGUUGAGAGCGGCUCAUCCUCCAAGGCUCGUUUCUCUGCCCUGUUCUUCCUGCUCCAGGGUGAAUACCGAGAUGUUUUCCUUCACUGCAGCCUCAGCCUGUGUGACCAGAGGGGCUCCUCCUGUGUUCCACCUUGUGCAAGGAGGACACAUCGCUCCGUUUCAAGCUCUGCUCCUAUGAAGCCACUGACUAUUGGACCAAUCAUUUGGGACAAGUCACCGGAGUAAACUGGUUACAGUAACAAUGCACACAUGUGUUGUACUGUGAUAUUAUUUUGUUUCAAGAUUUUUUUUUAUUAUUCAUGAAGAUGUAAAAUUAUAAAAAACUGGUUACAUUGAAUAAUUAAAUCUCACCAUACUAUUGUAUUAAUCUUCAAUUCUAUAAACUGUAAGAAUCAUAAUAAAAAUGAAGGUACCAAAA